AGAGCAAAAGCAAGUAAGCACUCCACAAAACCAUAAAAACCUCAACAAAAGAUCCAUGGAAGAAGCAACAAAUCACUUGGCAGAGACUACUAAGCAAGUAAAGGGGUUUUGGCUGACAAGUCAAAUUUAGCAGUGUUUGAUUUAGAGCCUGUUUACUUUGGGAGCCAUACAAUUUACUAGCAUCAAAGUUCAGAUUUAAACCCAGCGAUUCGCCUUAUUCUAGCUAGUCAACGUAUCCCUCUCUUCUCAGUGGCUUGGAGCUUCUGACCUGUCACAAUGAAGCUCCUGUUUUGUUUGUUUGUUCUCUCUCUCGUCAUAACAUCCGCGUUUUGUGGGAUCAAAGACUUUAAUAAGCACUUUGGAAGUGUUAAUCAAACUAUAAAUCCCCAUGAAAAUGAAACCCAAGAUGUGCCUAAUUUUCCACCAGAGUUCCAUAAGGAAAACACUAUAACCAAUGACUUGAUUAAUGAGGAAGAAGAGGAGGAAGACUAUCUAGAUUGGGAAAAGAUAUUUGGUGAUUAUGAUUAUAGUGACAUAGUUGAUGCUUCUCCGUAUCCGUAUACAGUUUCUGAAAUUCAGCAAGGAAAUAUUCUUGAGCUAUUCCACAGUAAAACCAGAAUCCAGCGUCUUAAUAUCCUCAAUGCAAACUUUGGCUUCAACCUUUAUCGGAGUUUGAAGGACAGAGCCAAUUCUUCAGAUAACAUUCUGAUGGCUCCUGUUGGUAUUUCCACUGCAAUGGCGAUGAUUUCAUUAGGGCUGAAGGGACAAACACACCAGGAGGUACUGUCUGUCCUAGGCUUCAGAGAUUUCAUUAACGCCAGCUCCAAGUAUGAGAUUAUGACAAUUCACAACCUCUUCCGUAAACUAACUCACCGGCUCUUCAGACGCAAUUUCGGUUACACGCUGCGGGCAGUCAAUGAUCUUUAUAUUCGGAAGCAAUUUUCCAUUAUGGACGAUUUCAGAAACAACAUGAAAAAUUACUACUUUGCUGAGACCCAAUCAUCUGACUUCUCAGACCCUGCCUUCAUCACUAAAACCAAUGAGCGUAUCCUGAAACGGACCAAAGGGUUAAUAAAAGAAGCUCUGGUGAACAUCAACCCCACAACGAUGAUGAUGAUUCUCAACUGUAUUUACUUUAAAGGAACUUGGGAAAACAAGUUUCCAGUGGAAAUGACAAACAAACGUACCUUCCGACUGAAUGAGAAAGAAACAAUAAAGGUUCCUAUGAUGCAGACCAAAGGAAACUUCCUGGCUGCUGCAGACCAUGAGCUAGACUGUGCUGUGCUCCAGCUGCCAUAUGUGGGGAACAUCAGCAUGCUGAUUGUGCUUCCAAACAAACUAUCUGGCAUGAAAGCACUGGAGAAGCAACUGACCCCUCAGGUGGUGGAGAGAUGGCAAAAGAGCAUGACAAACAGAACAAGAGAGGUAGUUCUGCCUAAAUUUAAGCUGGAGAAGAGUUAUGACCUGACGGAUUAUCUGAAAUCCAUGGGAAUAGAAACACUGUUUGACAACAAUGGCGACUAUUCUGGAAUAUCAGAUGAGAAAGUAGUCAUUGAUAUGUUCAAUCACCAAGGCACGAUUACUGUGAAUGAGGAAGGCACAGAGGCUGCAGCUGUAACCACAGUAGGGUUCAUGCCCCUUUCCACUCAGAUUCGCUUCGUCGUUGACCGCCCCUUUCUGUUUCUCAUCUACGAGCAUCGCACCAGCUGCCUGCUGUUCCUGGGCAGAGUUGCCAACCCCAGCAAGUUUUAAAAACAGAGGAGUGCUCUCAUAUCCAGGUUGUAGGAUUACAUUUUAGUAUAACAAUUUUUGAAAGGAAGAUUUUACUUAUCACAUUAUUCAGAGGUUACUGUCAUUACAUGACUCACCAUUUAUCAGUGGAAAAUGCAAUAUAUAUGAGACCAUUCAUGUGGAUAUAUAUCAGUGUAUAUAUAUAUAUAUAUAUAUAUAUGAAUGGACUCACAGCAGUAAAUGAUUUGACUGCAAUUUUUAAAGAUGAAUGCCAGGCACUGAUAUAUCUGUAUUAAAAAAAUCUCAUUAAAUGACUUACACGGUGUUGUAUACAAUGUAUUGAACUUAACCAGCAAAUAAAACAUUAGACCAGGAUUUUUAAAAGUAGAUGUCUAAAGUUAAUUUCUUAAAUCUGUAUUUAGACACCUACAAACAGGCAGGCCUCAGGAAGUGCUGAACAUCUUGCAGUUCUGAGGUUAUCUUUCCAGGUACCUAAAUAUAGAAUUAGGAACCUAACUUUAGGUGCCCAUUUUUGAAAAUCUUGCCCUCCGAGCCGGAUUCUGCCCUCUGAUCAAUCUCAUAGGCCAAAUUCAUCCUAGGGGAAACUCGCACAAUUCCCAGGGAAGUCCCAGCCAAAUCCAGCAGCCAUCUAAAUGGAGGUAUAAAUAGUGAAGUAGAGAAACUUGUACUGAUUUCACAUUCAACAAGUUUAUAAAACAUGAAAUUUACAAACCAAUGAGGCAGAAAAGAGGGAUUGUAGGAGAAAAACCACUUAGGAAAAGUAAGGUACCAUUAGAUCUGGUUUUGAUUUCAUACCAGUUCUACAUUGGCAUAACACCAAUGAUUUCAAUAGUUACUCCUGAUUUCCAGUAGUGUGAAAUCAGAGUCAGGCCAAAUGGGUAAUUUAUACCACUGUAAACUGUCACCAAAUUUAGCCUAUCAUGUAUAGACACACAUCUGUGGGGAGCAUAAGAUCUAUAACACAGCUUAUAUACAAAAAGGCAUUUUAUAUAAAUGAAGUAGACAGGUAAAUACUUCCCCCCACCCCCCAACCAUACCCUCAAAUACCCGAAGCUACAUUUUCUGUCACAUUUUAUUUUCUCCAUUUCUUUACAGAAAACAUUUAUAUAAACAAAUCAUUUAGGCAGAAAAUAGGGGCACUAAAGCUCACCUCAGACUCAAUCUAAUGAAAUUUAGUGGGAAAAAACUUGAUAAAAAAUAAUAAGCUACUGGUAACUUUUUCAGACUUUAUAGCAGGAACAUAAACACUGUCUAAUUAUUCUCAUCAUCCACGUAGAUGCAACGUACUUCCAUUCUAAAAUGCUACCAUUUGACAGGAGGAACAAAUUUACACUUUUUCCUACCAAUUAUCAAAAUAAGUACUAACAACACAUGUAUUCAUGUUUCAAAACUUCCCUUUUCAAGAAUUCAUAUUGUAGUCUCACAGGUUUACUGUAUUAUUCAGAAUAUCUAAUAUUAGAUAAAAUCUAAAUGUUUUCAAUAUUAAACUUUCCUUUGCAUAUUUUCUCUGGUAGCACAAGAAAAACCAAACAAUAGUUCUUUCAUGGAUUUACAAGUCUUUAAUGAAGUCUUUAAAAUGCAAUUUGUAGUUGAUCCUGUUUUGCUUUUAUACAGCACGAGUCAUUUUGAAUUUUGUGCCCAACCAUAAAUGAAGCUGUUUAAACAUACAAGUAAAUGAAAAAUACUUAUUGUAAAUAGCAUGGUGAAGAGCUGAUAUCAAAAAAUUAUUCAACUCAAUAAACAGUUUUUCCCUUUUCAA